GCAGAGCGGUUGAUUCCUACAGACCUUUUCUCCUUCAACCAAAAAAUACUUGAGCAAAAGUUAACCAGAGAGCAAGCUGCCCGAGAAAUGGAGGCAGGAUCACAUGCAGAAAGAUCUGGUCCUCCUUACUCGCUGCCUCCUUUCCGGUUGCAGAGCGAGGACAUACUGUUUUGCAUCGACAUCGAUGCCGAAUCGUCGGUGGAGAUGAAGGUCUCCGGUGUCAAGGGUCGUCCCAUCACUCGCCUCGAUUCAAUCAGGCAGUCACUUCUCCUUUUCGUCAACUCCAAGCUAACCAUGAACUCCGACCACCGCUUUGCCUUUGCCGUCCUCGGCCAGUCAGUUUCAUGGGUUCGUGACAUUUUCCCAUUUUCGUUGUAA